UUGAAGCAGACAAGUUUCCGCCACCGAGCAGGAAUCUUCCGGGAGCCACUCAUCCCACGCCGUCGGCAGCCGAACGGAGGUGGUGGCUGCAGAGGGGAAAGAGAAACGGCCCGGGUGGAAACUGCUCGCCAGGCGCACCAGAAAGUUCGUGCCAAGGAAAAGUGGUGCAGUGGAGUGAUGGGUUACCCCGAAUCGCGGAAGCUUUCCUGGGGAGCAUUGGUGCUGCUCUGGCUUCUGCAGGAGGAGGCGGUAGGAUCGUCCUUCCCGAAAAGGAAAGGAGCAGGUUGGACCCAGGGUCCUGGAGCUAUCAUUGGAGAACAUUCUCAAAUUGGGGAGCGAAAAACUCGGGGAACCACACCUGAAGACAAAAGGACACAGAUCAGCCAAGAUUUUUCGGGAAGGAGCUUGACUAUUGACACUCUGACAGACAAUGAAACCCAGAUUGUGGAAGACAAUCACAGCUACUAUUUAUCCCGAAUUUAUGGUCCCGAAGAGAUGCGAGCCAAGGAACUUUGGGUCGAGGUGGCUGAAGCCAACAGGAGCCAAGUAAAAAUCCAUGGAAUCCUGUCCAAUACACACAGACAAGCUUCGAGAGUCAUCCUAUCCUUUGAUUUCCCUUUCUAUGGCCAUUACUUGCGGCAGGUCACCAUAGCAACAGGAGGUUUUAUUUUCAUGGGCGAUGUAAUUCAUCGGAUGCUGACAGCUACACAGUAUAUUGCCCCUCUGAUGGCAAACUUCAAUCCUGGCUAUUCACGCAACUCCACUGUCAAAUACUUUGACAAUGGAACCAUGUUUGUUGUCCAGUGGGAUCAAGUUUAUCUAGAAGGGAAAGAAGACAAAGGCUGUUUCAUCUUCCAGGCAGCUUUGUACAAGAGUGGCAGAAUUGUCUUUGGUUACAAGGAGAUUCCCAUGUCAGUGCUUGAAAUAAGUUCUACACAACAUCCUGUCAAAGCUGGUCUUUCAGAUGCUUUUAUGAUCCUUAACUCUUCCCCUGAAUCUCACCAUCGCACCAUAUAUGAAUACCAUAGAGUGGAACUGGAUACUAGCAAGAUCACUAAUGCAUCAGCUGUGGAAUUUUUGCCCCUACCCACUUGUCUCCAACUUCCCAACUGUGAAGCCUGUAUGACAUCUGGCCUAAAUUUCAAUUGCAGUUGGUGCCAUGUUCUGCAGAGGUGCUCCAGUGGCCUUGACCGAUACCGUGAAGAGUGGCUGGAAUAUGGUUGCGGCCAAGAAUCAGAGGAGCAGACGUGUGCAGAUUUUGAAGAUGAUGAACACUAUAUGUCUUCAACUCCCAAUCAUAGCCCCUUUACACCACUUCCAGAAGACACCAUCACAUCAUCCUCCCAAUUUAUAGACAGCUUAACUACAGAAGAUGACACAAAGUUGAACCAGAUCCCAGGAGAAGAAGGUUUGAGAGAUCGUGUUCCUACAAAAAAGGGGGGAUCCCAAAUCCAUACAGGAACAAUUGUUGGAAUCCUCCUCACAGUUCUUCUGAUUGCUGCUAUUAUUCUUGCUGGCAUCUACAUCACCAGUAAUCCUACUUCAAGUGCUGCUUUGUUCUUCAUUGAGCGAAGACCACAUCAGUGGCCUACCAUGAAGUUCAGAAACCGCUCACCUUACACUGAAGUAGAACCAUCUGGUCAGGAAAAGGACAGUUUUGUUGAAGCAGAUCAGUGCUAAAGAGUAUACCUCCUUUAUUGCUCCUAUACCUUUAAUUAAGAAUCUGCCAUCUACUGUUUUAUUUUGUGAUGGACAAAGUUGAAGGUUUGGGGGGGGGGGAGAAAAACAAGCAAAAUUAAAAAGAAGCCUGAAGGGAGAAUUGGAAUGGAUAAAUUAAGAGUGCUUUGAAAUGGGAUGGGUGGCAAAUAAAUUUCGUAAUAAAUAAAUAAAAUCAAAAUAAAUUAAGUCUGAAAAGAUUAAAAAGACAGACACAUGUGGCAUAGGGCUGCCGGGUAAAUCAUCAAGAAAAGUUAUGACCGCUGCAGAAAUUAAUAGUACCUGAUUAUCUUGCAUGAAUAUUGUCAGGCGUAGCCAUCCACAGAUAUUAUGGAUUAUAGGAAAUAUCCUUUGCCCAACCCACCUUUUGUAGGCAUUCUAACCAGUGGUGAGAUUCAAAUUUUUUUACUACCUGUUCUGUGGGUGUGGCUUUGUGG